UGUCACAGACAUAUCUGCUUACAUUAGGUCCAUCAUCAAUCUUCCACGGUUCUUUCCAUCUUCCAUUUCUUUGUCCAGACCACUACUUGCAUUAUCGCCCCAGUCUGCCACUGCUGCUGGCAGCUGCAACAAGCCUGUAAUUCCAUCUCAUCGGGCGCCAUUUCCCCUGGCUGGGUGAGGAUAUCAGCCACAAACCACAAGCCGCGCGUGUGUGCAAGCUCGGGUCUCGUAUUGUCUAGCUUCUCUUCUCUCCAGCCUUCUCUCGCAGUUUCUCUCGCUCGACAAAUUCCAUUCUCGACAACCACAACAACAGCACCAGCAGCAGCAACAUACUCCACCUCCCCGACAGGAUCUCCUCUCUCCACCCUCCACUGCCCACGGCUCCACCGUCCCGCCCGUCGCACAGAGCCGAGCAUGCUUGCGCUUCUCCUGCUGGUGUGAGUUUCGGCUUUCUCGCGGCCACCGACAGCUGGAGCCCAGACAGAACCCUCCCCCCCGUCCCGCCUCCGAUCGCCAGUGCUGUGGGCAGGCAUGGCAUCUCCAAGCACGAGCACCUCCGCCUCCGGCUCGUCUCCCGGCGCCCUACCCGGUCUGGCCAAGUUUGGCUGCAUCAACUGUCGGGAGCAGCAUCUGAAAUGUGAUCGAGUAACACCCACAUGUGGCCGCUGCCAAACUUCAGGCCGGGCCUGUCGUCCAACCGGCCUCAAGAUCCGUGUCAACACCGAGAAUGGCAAGUUUAAAUUCACAAGGAAACAGAAGUGGGUCAGGUUUCCAAAACGAUAUGUUUGGAUCGAUGAGACCACGACAGUCGGGCAUGAUCAGUCCAGCCCGGAAAGCGGCGCUGAAGAUUUUGAUACCGACUUGUUGAACUAUGCUGCCUCGCCAGAGCUUACCUCGCCAGGAGGAGCGACAGCCCCGCCAUCUGCUACCCUCUCCCAGGAAUCCUCAGUCCCGCCCGAGUCUAGACACUCUCCCAGUGAUCUUGCCAUUGUCACCAGAUUCGCUGUAGACGGGCACCAGUCUGCUGUAGAAGAACAGCCGUUUGCGGUCCAACCCUCUCUUCUCGGCGUUGAGGAGCCUUCCAAAUGGCCGCUACCACAGGGUACCGAAGGCCAUCUCAUCCGUCACUUUGUUGAAAACCUGGCCCUCUGGCUCGACCUGUGCGAUCCAAACCAAUCAUUCCAGAUUGAAGUGCCCCGUAGGGCGGCAAAGUCUUCCAUCUUGCGAGACGCCAUGUUGGCGUUAUCUGCCCGGCAUCAAGCCAAUACCUGUCGAUCCUAUUACGAGGAGCAGGCUCAGGUCUAUGCUUUCCGGUGCAUUGAAAACAUCAACAAGAUCAGCAAGUGCGGGGGUCUCGCGGUGCUGGUCAACCGCGAGCCCAGGUUGGCUGAGAACUGCUUCGCUGCAGCCAUCAUUCUAAGAGUCAUGGAGGAAAUGCAAGAGUCCCAAACUCUCGUGAUGGACGAAAAAGAUGUCAAAAGCCACGUGCAUCUCACGGGCAUUCGCGGGUAUACAAACAGCUAUGUCUCCCGUCACAAGGGCCUCGCCCCGGGAACAUUGGCCGCCGCGUCGUUUUGGGUGGGUUUGCGGCAGGAUAUAUACUAUGCUGUCAUGAAAAAGGCCACGGUAAAGCUCAGCCUGGUCUCCGCGCUGCCCAGCAAAGAUCCAUACGAGGAUAUUGAAGACGACUACUACUGGGCCAACAGGGCUGUAGUGCACUGCGCCAACGUUUUGAACUUUUGCCAUGGUGACCAGGCGAACCGCACGUCUGAGCGGUGGGAGCUGCUCGUCCAAGAAAAUGAACAUUGGGCGGCCCGAAUGGGGAGGGGAGACAGCAACAAGCUGGCCAUGCUGAGGGAGGAAUCUGACUUUUGGGUGCCCUACGUCAAAGAAAACGACAAUACCAAGCCCUUUCCAGAGAUUUGGUAUCUGAGAAGCUGCCAAGUUAUCGGGAUGCAACACUUUCUUCUCGCCUCAGCCUUUCUGUUCUAUAACAAGCCAAGGCAUGGGAUGGCCUCGAUGGAUGAGGCCCAAGCGCUGACGAAUCACGUUCAGGCACUGGUGCGAGAAAUUUGUGGCAUUGGGCUCGGAAACAAGAGCAUAGCUCCAAGCAUGUUCACUGCCUGCAUGGCAAUUGCAGCCUUCGGUCACCUGUUCAGCAGGCUCCAGGACCAGACUGCCAUGCUGGCUAUUCUCGAACAGACCGAGAAAGACCAUGCUCGUCCCACGUUGGAGGUCCAGCAACAGAUGAAGAAAGCCUGGCGCUGGCGAUAA